AUGGAGGGUAUUCGCUCAACAGGCGGCUACAUGCAGCGGCGCCUGAGUCGUCUGUACAAUGACACAAAGAAGUCUUCAGACUUUGUUCAGGAACCAGUCAAGGCCCCCGAGGACCCUGAAAUCAAGUCACUGUUCAGAAAGCUUCGUAUCCAAAAGGACCGCGUAUCGACCUGGGGUAUCGAGUGGACAGAUCCUAACCAGUCAGAUGAGAUUGAUAGCUCACUAUCAAAAGCCGGUCUGAGUGAGGUUGUUCACAGCAUCCUUUCGACUGUUCGAGAAACGCUGUCAGAAUUGGACGCCUUGUGGAAGAGCUACACCAACCCACUAGGCACCGUCUCCGAAAAGUCGGCAGAUCGCAAGACCGCCUUUGUGACUUGGGACAAGGCAGUAUUCGCAGAUGCCAUUGGAGACCUCACUCAGUCUGUCGAUACACUCUACGACCUUUCUAGAACACGCUCAUCUGCCCAGAUGUCGUCGCGUUCCAAGCUUGAAAAGUCCAUGGCUUCCACCGAGGAGCUGCGGCCUUUUGAGUCCACCAGGAUGCAGACGCCUCAAGAAAUUGACCCGACAACAUUAACAGAUAUUCGGUCCAUGCAGGCUGAGCCCAUGACAGAGUCGAAGGCUAAUCUUCCGCCGCGCGAUAUCGUCUUCAUGAGCAAGCAGGCCUGGUCAGAUCUGUCGCAACACAUUGGCCGCCAACCCUUUGCACCGCUCUUGUUGGAAUUUGCAACGUUCGAUUCCAUGUACGCCAUCACGGGUAUCAUGCCUCCCAUGUCGCGCUUUGAGAAGCUUUCAGCCGGCUUGCAGCAGGACUCGCAGAGGGCCCCGGGUACUUGGAUCGGUCUGCCGAGACUGCUGGGAUAUUUCGAGGAUUUGGAGCACGCCCGUCUUGGACUCGUCUAUCACUUCCCGCCCAACUUCAACGCCGUCUCUUUUGAAAACUUUACGCAAAACCCUCUCUACAAUGUCUGCACGCUCGCCGAUCUGUUGUCGCGACCAGACUUUGAGCCGACCUUGGAGGCCAAGUAUCGCUUGGCUUCCAACCUUGUCAACACCGUAUUCGACUUGCACGCCCGGGGUAUUACCCACGGCUGCAUAAUCGACAAGAACGUAUCUUUCUGCAACAUGUCUACACCCGACUUGACAACGGGUCCCGGCGAGGUGGACAUUCGCCGGCCUCUUAUCUCAUCCUUUGAUCUGUUCCCCGACGCUCCGUCAGAUGAUGAACCAGUCUCGCCAUCGUUGCCCCUUUUCCGACACCCCCUGGACCCUCGCACCACUCCGGCAUCGCCCAUCAACGACAAAAUGGACUCUCGUAUUCUCGAUCUGUACUCUCUCGCCAUGGUUUUGUUGUCUAUCGGUCUUUGGACGAAGCUUGACAACCUCGUGCCCGACCCUUCUCAGCCAAUUCCCGAGUCAGUGUUAAACCAGCUGGGAAUUCGUUGCUCUACCCUUUACAAGAGGGCUGUAGAGACUUGCUGGACAGCGGUUGAUAUGUCACUUCAAGGAGGUACCUCCGAUGAGGAGCUUCUCUCGGCUGUGCAGGUCAGCGUGACACGCUACCUCGACUCGUGCGCAAUCCUAGACAACAUUAGUUCCCUCGAAGAUCGCCUCAACCUCGACCUUGGAAAGAAGACUUCCGUGUCCCCCAUCAGCACACCCACUCGCCAGAGCAUCUCGGGACCCUCAAAAGAGACCAAGGUGGUGGCGACCCGACCAUCCGUCGAUACUCGCCGCUCCUCGGUUGAUACCAAGACUCCCAUCUCGGAACCCAGCUCCGCGCGCCGUUCUUACCCCUCUGCUGCAGAGGAGAAGCGGCAGCUUGCCAGGCAAGAGGCUCAAAGUAAGUUACUGCAUCGCGGAUUGCAUCUUGCGGUCACUAACAACAUCACAGCCGGCCCGGUGGAGCUCCCUGCUGGGUCAAAGCCUGCCAAGGCACCGUCUCCAAAGACCCGCCUCUACCCGCAGAUCCCCUUGCCUCCCGAUGCAGUGGAGAAGUGGAACACAUUGGUGAUGCCUCAAGUCAACCAAGCACUGCGUCACUUUUACCGCAAACACCGCGAGGAGUCUGUCGAAGUUUCCCUCGAGUCCAUUGGCAGUUCACCAACAAGAACACAGCCGACCGUUCUGGUGGUGUGCACGUCUGUCAGCAAGGUCAAGGCCAUCCUGACGCGCAAGUUGGGCGAGCUUUUCGAAGGCAAGUCUGGGUUCGGCUUGAAGGUUUGCAAGGGACAGGUUCUUAGAUCACGAAAGCAAGCUGGCGACCCCAAACGAAGCGCAGCACAGGACGACGACGAUGAUGACGGCGCAGUCAAGGCGGCUAACCCUGAUUUUCAAGCGCGCCCAAGCAACGGCGCGAGUAUCGGAGCUUGGGUGGGGGACCGCCACCUGCCGCCCGUUAGCUUGGGCGGCCUCGUUGUAGUCGACGACAAGCCGUAUGGCAUGACGGUUCACCACAUGCUGGACGACCCCGAGGAGAUCUACAAGCAUACGAAAGCUCAGGAUCCAACGAUGCGUAGUAUGGCGAGAGAUGCCGAAGACAUUCGUUUCGACUGGUACGCAGAGUCGUCGGCCGAAAGCAGCGGCGGUGAAGACUAUGCUUGCGAGUUUUCGGAAUCAGAAGAAUCCGAAGCGUAUUCUGAGACGGAUGUCACUAGCGAUGCGUCAGAUGAGGAGGACAGUGGUGACGAGUCGGAAGGCGAAUACGAUCAACCCGGCGAUAUCCCCGGUGUUGAGCCGGGCUGUGGCGACGGAUACAUCAUCACGCAGCCCGCCAUGGAUGACGUCGACGAGGAGUUUUAUGCUUCGGCGGAGACGGCAAACGAAGAUCAUUUGGACAGCUUUACCGUGGGCGAGGUUUAUGCAUCGAGCGGCAUCAAAAGGAGGGAGCAGAACGGACUCAUCCACGAAAUCGAUUGGGCCCUUUUCGAAUUCGCCGAGGAGAGGCUACCCGAGGACAACUCGAUACCCAGAAUCCAGAGCAAGCAGCUGUCGCCUUCAUACGGGAAGUUCCCAUCAAAGCAGGGCAAGGUUAUGCACCCCAUGACUGUCGCGCCGACCACCGCGCUGCCUGGCCUGGAGGUGCAGUGCAUGGCGCGUACCAGCGGCCUGCAGACGGGUCUCAUCCUGCCCGCUUUGACGAGCGUCAAGAUCUUUGGGCGGACGACGCCUAGCCACACGUAUCAGGUCAGCAGUGCCGCCACCGAGACGCCCGCCGAGUUGACCGGUGGCAGCAAGAGGCAACCCAUGGGCAUCCCCGGAGAUAGCGGCGCCUGGGUCGUGGAGCGCGCCCAUGGGCGUGUUUGCGGGCACGUCUUGGCGUGGAGUGGGCGCAAGCGUGUUGCGUAUAUUUGUCCAAUGGACGUAUUGCUUCUGGAUAUUGCGGAGGCUCUUGAGGCACACGAGGUCGGGUUACCCGGCGGCGAGCCCGUUGUUAGUCUGAAAGGGCGGGACGAGGAGGAUGAGGAAGAAGAUGGGGGGACGUAUAGAGAUGACGAGCCUUCCUCGUCGCCUUUCUUAGAUCCCAAGGAUGACGAUGAUUUGGAUGUCGUUUCUGAAGAGGGGGAUGACGACGAGCUGCCUGUCCUCGUCCGCUCGCGCGCCCCUCCCCGAGGACGCGGUACGAAGAAGGAAGAAGGUCAACAACGUCAGGACCAAGACCAGGGACAGGAGGAGCCUGGCCAUGAGCAGGAGAAGAAAAAGCAGGAUGGCGCAUCACAGGAGCGGGAAAAAUUUUCGUCGGGCGAGAAUCAUGAUUUAUCACGCAGGAUGGAGUCUAUGGGCAUUGGCAGGAGUCGCAUGGGCGUCGGCAUGUGCAGCUGA